GAUGGAUUAUCAAUUUUUCGUUAAACUGAAAAAUUGUAAAUUCUUUUUUUUUUUUCGUAGAACUUAACCUCACAGCGAUAUCAGGAAAUUUGACGUGAAAAUGUUGAAUUAUUCAUCAUUUACCGAAGUUCCUGAUACCGAAGGAAAAUAUAAAAUUAACAAAUUGAUAAAUUACAAUAAAAAUAAUAAAUAUGAUUGUGAUUUCAAUACAACUAAAAAUUUAACAUUUGAUCAUGUGUUUAAUGAGAAAAUACGAAACAGUCUUGUUGGACAAUUUCUUGAUAAUGAUGCUGAUUUUCCUGAUAGAGAAAUAAGAGAAUCAAAGAUGGAUAUUUUUUUUCAUAACAUAAUGAAUAUGACAACCAAAGAAUGGGAAAAAUGGAAAGUACAAAAUAAUUUCAUUGAAAAUUCACUGGAAAUUAUAACACAAGCAAUUUCUGAAAAUUUAAUAAUUAAUAGAAAACUAUUAGAAUUAAAAAUAUUAACACUUCGUUUAAUGGUGUCCAAGAUAACCACAAUUGACUCAAGUUUAAGAUAUUUUAAAAAUUUAAAAAAUUUAAAUUUGGGAGGCAAUGAAAUUACUGACAUAAAUGGUGAUCUUUUACCAAGAAAAUUAGAAAUGUUAGAAUUGAUGUCAAAUUACAUAUCUAAUUUAAAUAAUUUAUUAAACAAUCCUCCAAGUGGAUUAUUAUUAUUGGGUCUAUCAAAGAAUAAACUAUCCACAGAGUCACAGCUGCAAUUUAUUGGAGAUAAAAUUUUUUAUUUAAAAGUAUUGGACUUGGAGGAUAAUGAUUUCAAUAACCUUAUCGACAUUCUUGAAGCAUUGAAGCCGAUAAAGACCCUGCAGUCUUUGAUACUUGAGGGUAAUCCAUGCUCGACUUGUCAUGGAUAUAAAAUUUCUAUUGUUUUAACAUUACCAAAGCUUUUUUAUUUGGACAAUAAUUCUGUUUUAUCAUCAGCAUAUAUUGAAGAUGACUGUAUAUUGAACAAUGAUGAUUUAAAAAUGGGAACUUUUUUUAUGUAUAUUUAUAGAAUAAUAAACUUUGAAGAACCUGAAAGAAUGAAGAAAAUUCAUUACAUAUAUUAUUGUGAAAUUGACAUUCCUGUGCUUGUUUCUGAAUCCAGCACUGAAAGACAAAAUUAUUCCAGAAAAUUUAAAUCUGAAGAGUUUGAAUGGAGUCGAUUUUUAAAUUUUAAGGAGCCUCUUUUAGAAAUACCAGCUGAUGAAAAUGGCUUGAAAUUUCUUAGGGAUACAUUUAAGUCAAUCGUGACUGUACGUCUCAUUGAAAAACAGAUGUCCCAAAAUAAAACAAGGAGAAAAGAAAGUAAAAGUCAAAGAAAAUCAUCUAUAUCAUCAUCAUUAUUAUUGGAAAAAACUAUUUGUCAAUUUAAAUGUGCAUUAAAAAAUAUGUCAUGGUCGAUUACAACUCAAGAUUUUGAAUGGUCUUUAGGUAUGGAUGACAAGACAUUGGCUUGUGAAUCAAUCAGCCUAGCUUCGUUAAAGUAUUCCGAACAAGGAAAUGCUGAAAAAUUCAAUAACAAUGAAAGCAGUAUCUCAUCAAAUAAUUGUGACGAAUUAUAUGUUUCCUUACCAACAAUGUUUACUAUCCAACUAGGUUUUGGACUUCAAAGAUAUCCUAAAAUUGAAAAAGUAUAAAUAUAUCUCUUUGUAAAAAUUGCCAAAGUAAUAGAAGUACUUUAUUUUAAAUAAAAAAUAAAGAUAAAAAUGACUCCCAUCUUCCUAAAUAGAAUGAAUAGAACAUCAUUGUCAAAUUUGAAUUUGAACUUAUCACGAAAACGAAUCACCAGAUUUGCUCAUAGUAUUGAAAUAACUCCCGAAAGAUAAUCUGAACGAAUCAAAAUGAAGAGCUCGUAGAAGAACCGAAUAAUAAAAAAUUUUUAGUAACGGAUUCGUUCUAUUGAAAAUUGAAAAUUUUCAAAACUCCGGCGAAAGCCCGUGUGGUUUCUCUUGAUUAUUCCAAAUUCAUUUUAGUUUUUUUUUUUAUUAAUAAUUUUAAAUUAUAUGAUUAAAUAUUUUUUGUUUUUUUCGCGCUGUUUUUCACCUGUCAAAUUAUGUACAUAAAUAAAAAUACAGAUGAAAAAAAUUUGAGGU